AUGCAGAGCUCCGCCUCUCCUUUCGCUGCCAAAGCCUUCUUCCGGGCCCUGAAAUGCCUUCGUCCUGCUGGCAUUUCGGACGGCUUCAAAUCACACCCUUCGUCGAGGGGGAGGCCUCUUUGGCUGUGCGACAGCAGAACCACUUUGCAGCCAUUGAGGCAGGGGACGUCAUUGACACCGCGCCAUGCCUUUGACCCUGCCCUCUUGCCCACCCUGCUCCAGCUUGAGGGCCUGUUUAGGAGCGCCAAGCAGGGCAAGGCCCCUGGUCGUGCCUUUCUGCCCAUCUUCCUCAAGAGUCAUUUUCGCCUCACCGAGCCUGUCCAGUUCAAGUCCACCACCCUGAUUGCCCUUUUUAAAGGCAAGGGCUCUCCGGCCGUUCUGGCGAAUCAUAGAGCGAUUGCUCUACUCGAUGGGCCUGGCAAGGCGCUUCGUCGUUCGAUGCGGCCUGCCUUUGUUGCUUUGCUUCCCUCACCUGACCAGCAACAGGGAGGCACUCCGGGUUCGCUCUUGGCGGGUGCUCACCAUCUGGUCAGAGCGCACCAACAGCUCGCUCUGGGCCUCAAAGUGCCGGCUGUUGCCUUAUUCCUGGACGUGUCCUCUGCAUAUUACCGCGUCCUGCGUCAAGCCUUUGGGCGUGGGCCUCUCGAAAAUGAUGAGGACGUGGCCAGAUUGCUGGCUUUGCUUAAGGUGCAGGGCGCGCCCGGCAUAGUUCGCACUCGUGCCGGUUCACGCCUGGGGGACUCGGUCGCAGACCUGCUUUUCUCCCUUGUCCAAGCUGAUUUUCUGCGGUCUGUUCGUGAACAAACGGAGUGCCUGGCCGAUACCGACCCAGUGCUUGGCAGCGUUGAUGACGGGCCUUCAAGCGUUGUUCCUGUCUGGGCGGAUGAUGCUGCGAACCUGCUGGCGCAGAGGUCGACGCCACAACUCAUCGCAGCUGCACAGCUCACACUGUCUGUCUGUGGUUCACUGCGAAUAUACCCGGGCGCCCCGGAUGCCAGGCAAGAAGUCUACAUCCGCCAAGCGGGACUGUUGCACUUUCAGGCUAGGGGAGAAGAAUUUCAAGUGCACUGUGUACGCGCCUACACUCACCUGGGCGGUCGGGUUUGCGUUACUGGGCGCUUCAUGGCUGACAUUGCGCAGCAUCACUCGUACGUUUGGGCCCAGGUUAGACCACUGGCAAGGCAAGUGCUCCGCAAUCCAACCUUGCCCUUUGCCAAACGUAGGCUUAUCCUGAACUCGCUGGCCUUCUCUGCCGCGUCUUGCGCUGCCGCAACGUGGGGUCCUCUUAAUGGCCAAGAGUCCCGGGCGUGGCGGGUUGGUUAUGUGAGGCUUGUCCGACCGCUCGGCAGGGACGAUCGUCAUACUGGCCAACCGUCGCUACCUGCUGAGGUUGACGUUUGCAGGGCCUUCCGUUUUGCAUCCCCUGUCGCCUACCUAAGAGCUGAGCGCAUCCUCCAUGAUUUCCCGGAGGGUUUUGCAGAGUAUGCGCUACACGCACCCAGCACCCUGCGCAUGUAUGAACACAUCAGUGUGAGCACUGCCCUGCUUCCUUUGCCUCUGCCCAGCAACUUUCUGCACAUCGUUUCGCCCGGCAUGGUAUCCGGUGCGCG